AUGACUAGUUUGGACGACACUAUCAUAUCUCGUCAAAACUUGAUGUUGCUUGACAACGUCACCAACUAUAACAAGCCAGCUUUGGACUACUUCCACCAGGACUUUGAUUAUUCCACGAUGGACAUCUCUUUGUCCUGGAGUCUAUUACUAAAGAUGAGGAAGCACAAGGUCCUAAGACUGCCAAGUUGUUCCAAUGAGGAUGACUUGGAUUACAAUAUCUACCUGGAGAGACUUCACCACUGUCUAUGGAGACGGUGGUCUAUGAAGCUAUUCAAGCUGGAAGACAUAAGGCUCGAUCCAUUGGCUAUCAACUGGAAUAAAGAUACAGAUGUAACUGUGCUUUAUGGACCGGACUUGUCUGUACCAGAGGCCAACAACAGAACAGAACCAAAGAAGAAGUCAAAGCCUACUUUGAAAUCCUGUUUGGCCCACUCCGCUGAUGAUGAUGAAGAAGCUGAAUACUACAAUGACUUCUCAUCCAAAUACGACUACUCAUCUUCCGUAAACUCAAGCACAUCUUCCAUCUUCGAAAAAACAUACUCAAAAGAUGAAGAUGAGCUUCCUCAGAAGAAGAGUUUAAGAUUUGAUGAUGCUGUAUUCAAGAGAGUUAUCGACCACUCUGGUAAUUACCAUGAGAUCUACACUAUCAUCAACGAUAAAAGGGAGCAGUGGAGAAGAGAACAGAAGAGAAUGUACUCUCGUCAUAAGAACUCCCAUAGCAUAGAUUUCGGAAAUGCACCUCCAAUGUACAUCUCCUAA